AUGAGGAAUGUAGCUGAGAAAUACGGCAAGAAUACUCUGGACCUCUACAGGAAAAUUGAAAGGAAUUCUUUCCGCUCCAAGAAAGUAGAAAAAGACUUAAAUUUCCUAGAGAUCUGUAAAUGUUACGGAACCAUACCAGAUUUUAUUAAAUUUAGAGUGUAUUGUCCCACAUUCCAAACUACCAGGACAUAUCGUUCUUGGUGCUUCGAUCUUUUGGACUGGGAAAUAGAUAAGCAAAAGAAAAAGAUCCCUACCAUCAAAAAGAAACUGGAGGAUGACACCACUCUCCUCACUUCCUGUAUUUCCUAUUUCGAUUCCAAAUGUUUAUUAUCCCUCAAUGAACGAAAUAUGGAAAAGAAAUUAUGUAAUGUUGAUUUCAGACACAAUAAGAAAUUAACUAAGCUAGGAAUUGACCUAAACAAAAAAGUGGACAAGAAUAAGGUUAUUUUCAACUUUUCUGAUCGGAUAUUAUCAGAUGAACAAAAAGAAGUCCUUUCUUUAGGUUUCGAUUAUUGUAUACCACCCAGUACCAUUCCCCAUAACCAGUUCUUUCUUUGUUUUGAAAAACUAUGUCACACCAUCAAAAACUGUGAGAUUUACAAAAAUAGAUGGAAUCAUAUCACCAACAGCAUUUCUACUGUGGCACACGAUACUUACAAGAAAUUCAAAUGUCAUGUCAAGAGUAUUCAUACUCCAUAUCCCUCCCUUACACCCCUAACAACUCUAAGAGAUGAUAACAAUAUUGUUAUCACAAAGCCAGAUAAGGGACGUGGAGUUGUUAUCCUAAACAGAGAUGACUAUUUUAGUAAACUAAACACGAUACUUAGUGAUUCCUCCAAAUUUAAACCAAUCAUGUCUGACACUGCCACUCAUCUACUGAAAUUAGAAGAUAAACUAAACAGGCUCUUACGCUCGAUAAGAACAUCUAUCGGAGAAAUGACUUAUAACCUCCUGACUAUAUCUGGCUCAAAACCUGGUCGCUUAUAUGGCCUUCCUAAAAUUCAUAAAAUUGGUCAGCCUCUACGCCCCAUCAUCUCUGCCAUUGGUACUUUCAAUUACAAUGUUGCAAAAUUCUUAGUUCAAUUAAUAACCCCUCUAACCACCAAUGAAUAUACCAUAGAAAACUCCUUCUCUUUCAUCAAAGAAAUUAGUGACCUUAAACCACUACGGCCUGUCACAAUGGCCAGUUUUGAUAUAGAGUCGUUAUUCACUAAUGUUCCCCUCAGUGAAACCACUGACAUAAUUUUAAACAAAACAACCUCCUCACUCUUAAACUCGUAUGGCCUGAACAAGACGACACACAGGAAAUUAUUGGACAUAGCCGCACACAACUCAGUGUUUACCUUCAAUGGCUCUAUUUACACACAGGUAGACGGUGUAGCAAUGGGAUCACCACUUGGCCCUUGUUAUGCCAAUACUUUCCUUUGCCAUCAUGAACAAACAUGGAUGAAUGACUGCCCUGCUAAUUUCAAACCUAUUUUAUAUCGCCGUUAUAUGGAUGAUACUUUUUUACUCUUUGACGACCCCUCUCACAUUAAUCCUUUCCUCUCAUACUUGAACUCACAACACCCAAUAUAA